CUUCCCCGUUUGGGUCCUUCCUUGGCCCUUCACCGCUCACCUCUUCUUUUGCUGCCGUUUUCUUUCUACGCACGCACAUCUACCGUCUCAAAUUUCUUUCUGUCUCUCUGAUCAGCCAUCGUCGACGACGUCUCAGGUUCCGGGAGCAAUGGCUGGAGGAGGAAGAAAGAAAAGGCCUGUCAAGGCAAAAAGGAAACCGACAGGGAAGGACUCGUUGUCUUCUUCUCUACUCUUCAAUUCUCCUCUGCCCAAUUCUCGUCCAGGAAGAAGCCCUUUUGGGUCUGCUGCGGCUGCCUCGGGAUCGGGGAAUUCUGAUCGAGCGAAACCUUCUGCUUCGAAGAUCGGAUGUCGAAAGCCUACUCGGAAUGCCUUCAGAUACGACUAUUCCUCCGUUGAUCCUCAGGAGAAUUUGCAUUCAGAAUAUUGCGGUGACAGCAAGAGCAAAGAUGCUGAGUUGGAUGAGUUACAUCCCAUUGUUUUAGUUGAUUCCAAACAAAACCCAAUUGUUGCUUUUGUAGAUGCAUUAGCAUCUAAAGAACCUAUUAAUGUGGACAUUGCUUAUGAUUACCGUUCGAAUUUGGGGUUAGAUGACAGUUCUCACAAAGGAUUGGGAUUUUGUGAUGAAGAUAAUAUCUCGUACAAAGGUUUGGGAUUUUGUGACAAAGAUUAUAGCACUCACGGAGGAUUGGGGUUUAAUGAUGAACUAAAAGCAACCCUCAGUUGUGCUGGAUCAUCAUCAAAGAAAAUGGAUGGGCGUGAAGUGCCUUCUUUUGAUUUUACACCCAGGGAUAAGGAAAUGCAUGUGCACGAGAGAAAUUCUGGGUUCUUAUCAAUUGGAGGCAUGAAAUUAUACACUGAAGAUAUUUCUGAUGAGGAAAGUGAUCAGGAGGAUGAUGGGACGUCCCCUGAUGAUGGAAGUGAUAACUCUGAAGACAUUGCAUGUAGUGAUUCAGACAUCGAUGAAGAGGUUGCAGAAGACUACUUAGAAGGAAUUGGCGGGAGCAAUGAAGUUUUAGAUGCCAAAUGGUUGGUGGGUAGAGUUUUGGAUGUCUCUUCUGAAGAUGAUGAUGACGACAAAGAUGACUCUUCUAGCAGUAGCUUUGAUGAGACUACAAAGAAGCUGGGUGGGAUGGCCCUGCAGGAGGCAUCUAGGGAAUAUGGUAUGAAGAAGCCAGAAUCAAGGAAGAAAUACUUUGCUAAGUCCUGUAAAGCUAGAGCUUCGACAAGUGAUUGGGCGAUGGCUAUGGAUGAUCUUGCUCUUGUAAAGGACCCAAGAAUUUUUUCUUCCAAAAAAAAGCUUGUUGCUCAGUUUCCUCAGUCUUGGCCCUAUGAGGCUCAGAAGAGUAAAAAUUUCAGGAAAUUUCCAGGUGCGAAAAAGAAGCAUCGCAAAGAAAUGAUUGCUUUGAAGCGUCGGGAGAGAAUGAGGCAUCGUGGUGUUGAUCUUGAGCAAAUAAAUUUGGUGCAACGGCUGGCAGCAAUCUACCGCUUGCGAAGUGGCUGCCAAGGAUCUGGUAAGAAAAGGUUUGUAAUAGUGAUGCGGACACAGUACACAUGUAUGCCAUCUUCAAUUGAUAAACUUCGCCUGGAAAAGCUGAUAGGGGCUUGUAACGAGGAUGAUGAUUUUGUUGUCAAUGAAGAUCCCAAUAUAAAACAUGCGAAUGGAGAUAAAAAUUGGAAGAAGCUUAUGAAAAGGAGUGGUAUGCGCGCACUAGAACACCACCGAGUUAGGUCGUCCAAGAACUCAGCCAAUCGUGAUGGAAGUAGUGAAGCAAACAGGAAGAAACAGAGCAGGAAGGAAGGCUCAUCUUAUGCUGAUAAGCCUGUGUCAUUUGUUUCAAGUGGCCUCAUGCAGCCUGAAAUGGUCGAGAUUGGAACUGUUGAUUCUGAAGAGAAAAAUGAUACUAAAAAUGAAAAUGCAGGAGGAGACAGUGCAUCAAAAUUGGGUGCCUUUGAGGUGCACACGAAGGGUUUUGGAUCAAAAAUGAUGGCUAAGAUGGGAUUUGUAGAAGGGGCAGGUUUGGGGAAGGAUGGUCAAGGUAUGGCUGAGCCUAUUGAGGUAAUUAAGCGGCCUAAAUCACUUGGGUUGGGAAUGAACUUUUCUGAAACUGGUAGCGAUUCAGAUAGGAAGGGUGGUCAAGGUGUGGUGGAACCUAUUGAAGCAAUUAAGCAACCUAAAUUGCUUGGAUCGGGGUCAAAAUUUUCUAGAACCAUCAGUGACUCAGAUUGGAAGGAACUUCAAAGAAUUGGAGCUUUUGAAAAGUACACCAAAGGGUUUGGAUCAAAGAUGAUGGCAAAGAUGGGUUUUAUUGAAGGCGCAGGCUUGGGUAAAGAUUCACAAGGGAUGGUCAACCCAUUAGUUGCUGUUAGGCGUCCAAAAUUGCAAGGGUUGGGCGCCAAAGGUUAGAUAUUUCCUCAUUUGUAAACAUGAACAUUUCUUGCAAUAAUUCAUUGAUAGCUGCACACAAUGCAUGUAAUGGUGUAGUUGCGCUCAUUAUUGAAUGCACGGGGGCUUAAAAGGCAUCCUUAAUCUCUUGAUUUGUAGUUUCAA